UCAAGACUACAUACAAACUUUGAUUAGUUGAUUUUAUUUCAUUCAUUUAACAAGAAAUAAGUUCGGUUGAAACAUAAAAACUGCUAACUGCACUGUGUGAUUUUACUGUAAUGAAGUGAACGCGUGAACGCGCAGCAGUUCAGCUGUACUUGAGCAAACUGUUUCUUUAUUUAAACUGCAAUCAUUUAACGUGACGUACCCAGAUAUGAAUUGAUUCUGUUAUUAGGUGAUGAGACUGGAUUUUGCUGCUGUGGGAUCUCUAAAGAUUUUCUGUCUGAAUGACAGUAAAGCUGACUUGACGUGACGUCUUGUUUUGUCAGACUGUUGUGUUGAGUGUUUUGAUGUUUCUGGUUCUGAGGCGGGUGGGAUUGCGAGCGUUCUCCAUGGCAUCAGAAACAUAUUCAUCUGGCACACACUCCGCUGCCUUCGUCACCUGCCCUAAUGACACAGUGGCCAAAGAACUUGCUAGAGGAAUCGUGGAGAAGAAACUGGCUGCAUGUGUGAACAUCAUGCCGAAGAUCAUAUCUGUGUACGAGUGGCAGGGGAAGAUUGAAGAAGACAGUGAAGUUCUGCUGAUGAUUAAGACGAGAAGCUCAAAGGUUUCAGCUCUGGCUGAAUAUGUCAGGUCGAAUCAUCCGUAUGAGGUGGCAGAGGUGAUCAGUUUGUCCAUUGAUCAGGGAAACCCGCCGUAUCUGAAAUGGAUCAGUGACACUGUACCCGAGUGACCGGCUUCUCUCACACGCUGCACUUCAGACUCUUUACAGCCAUCUUAACUGAAUAUGAGAAUGAUACCUUAAGUUUCUUUCAUUUGAUGUUUAUCUCUAGAGUAAACUGUGUCUUUCCACAGCACACCACACGUGAAAUAUUAAAGAGCGUCUCUGAGCAGAGUGUGAUGUAC